CCUCUUGUGCUACCGUAGACGCUUGCUAUGCCCCUCUGUUAAAGUUCCAGGAGGAAGAGCAGCGACCUGGACAAACCAGAAAAAAGGGCCAAGACUAAAUUGAACAAAUAAACAGAUAUUUAAUUUACCAGGAGGAUUGGGAUCAGUUCGAAGAGAAGGAGCAACACGGAAUACCAAGGUCUUUACUUCCCGAUAACGUCAGAAAAUAAAGAAAAUGGCGGAGCCGGACAAAUUAAACAUCGACUCUAUAAUUCAGCGUCUCUUGGAAGUCAAGGGGUCUCGGCCAGGAAAGAAUGUUCAGCUAACAGAGAAUGAAAUCCGAGGCCUGUGCCUCAAGUCCCGAGAAAUCUUCCUGAGCCAACCAAUCCUGCUUGAACUCGAGGCUCCCUUAAAAAUCUGUGGUGAUGUCCAUGGUCAGUACUAUGAUCUGCUGCGACUCUUUGAAUAUGGAGGUUUCCCUCCAGAAAGCAACUACCUGUUCCUGGGUGACUAUGUAGACAGAGGAAAGCAGUCACUGGAAACUAUCUGCCUUCUUCUUGCCUACAAGAUCAAAUAUCCAGAGAACUUUUUCCUGCUGCGUGGCAACCAUGAGUGCGCCUCUAUUAAUCGAAUUUAUGGCUUUUAUGAUGAGUGUAAGCGACGAUAUAACAUAAAGCUGUGGAAGACCUUCACAGACUGCUUCAAUUGUUUACCUGUGGCUGCCAUUGUAGAUGAGAAAAUAUUCUGCUGUCAUGGAGGCCUCUCUCCCGAUCUUCAGUCGAUGGAGCAGAUCCGCAGAGUAAUGCGACCCACAGACGUGCCUGACCAGGGUUUGUUGUGCGACCUGCUGUGGGCUGAUCCAGAUAAAGACGUACUCGGCUGGGGUGAAAAUGACCGUGGUGUCUCCUUCACAUUCGGGGCAGAUGUGGUGGCCAAAUUUUUGCACAAACAUGACAUGGACCUAAUAUGCAGGGCACAUCAGGUGGUUGAAGAUGGUUAUGAGUUUUUCGCAAAGAGACAACUCGUCACUCUGUUUUCAGCUCCCAACUAUUGUGGAGAAUUUGACAACGCUGGUGCAAUGAUGAGUGUGGAUGAGACACUCAUGUGUUCCUUCCAGAUUCUAAAGCCUGCGGAUAAGAAGUUGUAUCCUUAUGGUGGAGGAGGAGGAAUGGGAUCUGGCAGACCGGUCACCCCUCCACGAAAUUCAGCCAAGGCUGCUAAGGCCAAGAAAUAACACCCGCUGAGUCUCCAUUCCUACGACUUGCCACCCCUGUUGGCCCAACAGUCUUUUUUUUUUUUUUCUUUUUUUUUUCCUUCCUUCUACCUCCCAAACUUUUUUCUCCAUUGUCACCAAAUGGCAACAAAGAAAAUAAAUGUCCAGGGUUCAUUCAUGCUCUAUUUUUUCCCCCUCUACAACUAAUUUUAUCUAUUUGUUUGCAUAUUUGCGUACAUUUUUUUUGUGUGUAUGGUUAAAAAAAAAGUGAGUGACACAGAGGGUGUUGCUGUCUUCUGUAUGUAUGUUUUCAUUUACCCACCAUCCUUCACAACCUCUGUUUUGUUUUUGCUGUCAUUUGUAGAGAUGGGUUCUGCCCGUUCAUCAUGCAAAUUCAAGCCUGGCUGCAGAGGGUAGGGAAACAAGAGAGAGGGGAGCUUUGUCUGUUUAUGUUAAGGCCAGCCACUGUUUAUUGCUAAACACAAGCUUUUGUACAUCAUGUUUCAGAGUUUCAUGUAUGCCUGUAUGAUGGGUGGGUUGGGUGAGGGGGGGGGGUAUUUGGGGAUGAAGUUGCACGGUCAAAUGCUAACGGCACAUACCACACACUGGGUGCACAGGAUCAUUAUAUGUGCAAGUGAGUUGUUAUCUUAGAUGGAUUCAUGAUAUAUAUUUUUUUCUUCCCAUCUAUGAAAAUCAAUUAUUUGAGAUCAUAAUCAUGAGAUGACAUAGAUGUUAUGUACAUCUGCUCUUUUUUUUUUGUUUUUGUAGAUACUUAAAACCAUGUUUUGUUUUUUUUUUUUGUUAUAUUUUUCAUUUUUUUCUUUUGUUUUGCUUUUGUUUUUAGUUCACUUGAAGUUGAAGAUGAAUAAACAUUUAUUUGAGGUAUUCCAUCAUCACUUUGUGUUUGCUGUUUUGUCAUUUGACAUUGUGGCUGCUUUUUAUGGCUUUCAUUGAUUCAGCAUUUUGAAAUUUCCUGUAAAUGAGACUAUAUUUAAAAGAAGGAAAUGAGAUUUUGGCAAAGGUUGUGCACUGGAAGAGGCUUUUUCAAUCUUAUUUUUUUUAGACAACAGAUUUUUUGCCAGGAAUAACCUAAAUAUAUACAGGUAUUUUUAAAUUAUUUGCAUCUGAAACAUAAGUUCAUUUAAGUUUCAGAAGGUGACUCUGUCACUCAGCUUAUUUUGUAUUGAAGAUGUUAAGCAAAUAUUUUCAGCAACCAUCAUCAUGCAGUCCCACAAACUGAUACUGAAUCUGUGCUGAACGAUGUAUGCAUAUAUAGUCUUUAAGGAGAACGUGGGCAAUGUGUAUAUUUAACUGUAAUUGAAAGGAGAAAAAAUGUUAAACCGCUGCUUUGACUUCCAGUUCAAAGUGCUUCAAGAUUGUUCAUUGUAAAAUCAACAAUUGGGUUAAUUUGAUUAUCAAGCUUAAACCAAAGGGUUGCUGGUAAAGUUCAUGAGGAAAGGGUAUUAAAUCACUCCUAUUUAUUUCAUUUUUUUUUUUUUUUUUUUGUGGGGGUGAACCUCGCAGUGUGUAUGGGUAAUACAUGCAAAUCAUAGCUAACAAAAAAAAACAUGAAUAUACUGAAGAUAAUCAUGUACAGAAAAUGACCAUUGAAUUUAGCUUAAAGUUUAGGACCAGCUGCUGCUGUUUAGGGUCAAUAAAUAAUUUUCUAUGCUCUGUAAAACUUCUGCAUUCAUGUGGAAGUACUUGCAAUGUUUGUGAUAGCAUUUAUUCUAAAUUUCUCCAAGUGUGUUUUCAUUUUUUUUUUCAGCUGCUUGCCAUGGAAAUAAGAGCCAUAAACUAAAUUAAAUUUAUGCUCUCAGAUUAUUCAAGUGAACAAACUGUGAUCCCCCCUCAGACACAGUAAUCUCAACUAAAACUAUAUUCCAAAAAAAUUAAUUUUGUUCUUAUUUCUAUACCUUUUGAAAUGGAAAUGAUCUUUUUUAAUGUUCCAAAUGGUCCACUUUGCAUUUCUACCACUGUGCAUUAUGUUUGGCUGGCAUACAGGGUGUUCCCAGUGAAAGCAGACCAUAGUUCAGCUCAGGCUGUUGCAACUGGUGAAUAAUACUUCACUGCAAUGUUUCAGGGUCUCUCCCUGCCCAUUUCUUGUAACCCAAACACUCUGUCUGCCCUGUUACAUAAUUGGUGUGUCUGGUUUUAUUUGUCUGCUGUCUAUCCUCAUUCUUUAGCCCUCUGUUUAAAUAUGAAAACAUGCAGCCCUGCGGAUUGCGAAGCCAAAAUGAGAGCAGUUCACAAACACAUACUUAGGCGGAGGGUGGAAAAGCUGGAGUUCAGCCAUCAUACUCCCCCUGUUUUUGUUUUUGUUUUUUUGUUUUUUUUACCAUUUACUCAGCCUCAGCUUGUUAACUUGCUACUUCAGAAGAUAAUAAUGAUUUUAUUAUAAGAUGUUUAUUGAUAUUUUGUAUGGUUUUCUAACAAUGAGGAUAUGGUGCAGCACUUCACUGCACAUGUGCAUGAGAUGAACAAAAGAAAUCACUGGUUCUCAUUAUGUGCUCGUAUCCAAUUCACAUCCAGUACGAUCAACUCAGGAAGUGAAAUUUAAAUAUAUAGAAAUUAAGUGCAAUGCUCCACAUUUAAAGAAAAUAUACAUGUUUAAAUAACAUUACUGCAGAUGAUGUAAGUCAGGGUACUUGUAAAGUUAAAAAUGUAAACUUUAAAAUGUACUGGCAGACUAUGUUCAUGAGGGAGCAAUGUUCAAACUGUUGUUGAGAAGGUUAUUUAUUUUUAUUUUUAAGUGGCCCUUUUUGUGGAUAAAACCUCAUUUAGAAAAUUGUUAAAACUCAUUGGUAUGAAAGCUGAUUACAAUCAGUGCUGACAUUUUUGUUAGUUAAAUUAAAGGAAAGCUGAAUAUGUACAGAUACUACAUUGUGAAUAAAUGAUACUAUAAAGGCUACUGUCACUCGUUUCCACAACCAUAAAAACCUCUGAUUAGGAAAUUUUCCAACUGCUUCUGAAUAGAUGUUACCUCCUAAUGUCUGCUCUCAAACCGCUAGUUUCCAUUUUGUUUCUACUGACAAAUUUAACCUUAGAUACUGCAAGCUUAAUAAUAUCAGUGUAGGGUUUUUAUUAACCAGGGAUGCUUUCCAACAUGUACUGUCACUGGGUAACAAUAAUAUAAUAAGGUUAUUGCAAUUAAGAUUAAAUAGAAAUUAGUGGCUUUUUUUUUCUUUUUAAUUUGUAUUUAAUUUGUUUUCAAGUCAAUCGGAUGGUCUCUGUUCCAAGGUAUAAAUAAAUUAUAGACUUUUUAAAGUUG